AUGGCACCUUUUCACUUUAGUCAUUCGACAGGCUUUACUCCUGAGAACCUCACCUGGAACGCCGGUACCAUUUUCGUUCUGGGCUUUGGGAUUCUUAGUUUUCUGGUUUUGUUGAGUUGUAUGUAUCACCUCUGUAUCCAUAAAACCUUCCUUUUCCCUUUCCCAUUCUCUUUCAUUUCUGCUUUAAUCGGUUGUGAGUCCAUACUGAUAUCAGAUAUAGAUAUAAUUUACAACACCAUGCAACAAAGACGACGCAUGCACCAACAAAAGAUCGACGAAAAGAUAAUGGGAAUGGAAAGAAUUCGAACCAAGCAACUUGAGAAAGCCAGAUCACAACUCACCUUGAAACUGGAUUCGUUCGAUGAAAAGGGAGGUGACAUCGCUUUUCCUCUUCCUACUUACACGAAGGGAACACUGCCAUCCUCGCUGACCAAGAUGAGUGAGAUGGUCAAAUUUAGAGGGCAAGAUGGUUUCGCAACAGAUAUCGCCCCUGCUCUCCCUUCUCUGGAACUAUCGCCCUUCGCUGACGGGGAGAUGGUUGAAAGAUUCAUGACCAUCGAGGACAGCAGUAGACGUGAGAAUAGACAGACAAUUGUUCCUCCUCUUCGGGCAAUCUCACCAUUAUAUCUUCCGCCACCAGCAAUUCCAAUCACGGAACCACUGCCUAGUUCCUGUAGCCAGCCACAACCAAAGAUUGAAUGGAAAGGUUAUGAGCAAGGCAAAUCAUUCAUCCUGCCCAUGCGCCCCAAGCGUUGUGCGGUACAACCAGCAAUGCUAGCAACAGAAAAGAAGUUCGGAACGAAAUCGCAAGAAAAUCCAAGGGUUGAAUGGAUCCCCUACCAAAAGGGAAAACUCAUUGAUCUCCCCAUUCGACUCAAGACCCCAGCAUCCUCUGCAUCCUCUGCAUCCUCUGCGCCAACAGAUGCCAGAACACAAGCUGAAGAGGAAGUGAGGAAAUGUGUCUUCCAAGAGCUCAGUACUGAGGUCAAGAGACUACGACAACUCCAGGAGCAAGGUAGUUCAAGGAAGGAAGGAAGGUCUUGA